AUGCGCCCGUGGGUUUUAUCUUCAUCACCAUUGAAUGUCGUAUCGAUCAAUGAAGCAUUACUUAUUUGUCCAUGUGCAUCAUGCACUCGACUACAAAUGUUUCUUGUCGAUUCGAAAACGUCUACAUUAAUCCUUGGCGUUUCAUCGAAUCUCGUUGCUGAUCAUUGUCUUCGUCAUACAUUGAGUAAAUUUCCGAUGUUAUCGAUUGAAUACAAGCAUGAUUCGUGUACAGGUCGUGAAGAAACUUUGAUUAUUUCAAAGUGUGGCUAUGAAGAGGAACAGAAACAAUUGUGUUUUCAUCUUCGUCGUUUAUUGUUGCAGUUACAUAGAUUAUAA